AUGUGUGUGUGAUAGGGCCAUGUGGUCUGUCUGUCCAGGCCUUGGCUUUUGACCUCCCCGUAAUGCUGAAUACUCUCAUAUCUGAAGUGUCACAGCUUGAUUUCCUAUAUUCUUUAUGAAGAAAGCUUGCUCGUCUUCGCCUUGGCGCUGAUUAGGCGUGCGUGAAUUAUCUGUGUUGUCAACGGCAGAAGGAAUUUUUGCAUGGAAUGGUUUUCUGUUCCAAGGUCUGUAGGGAAGGCCCCAACAACAGCACCACGAGGCACUGGGGUUCGCUGCUGUGCCGGCAUGCCUAAUCAAUGAUCGUUUGUGCCGGCAUGGACAACACUGGCGUCUCGUGAUCUCUCUCUCCCCCUGCCCACUCUGGACAUCCUACGGAUUCCGCCUAAGGAUCGCUGGUGCAGCUUUUCUUUGGAUUCAGACGAGGACCUACCUGUGAAAGGCUUCCAAGACUGGGCUGGAGCUGGUGGGGUCUGAAGCCAAUGUCGUCCUUCGGGACACCUCUGACGAGCUUAGGAGGUUGACUGUCAAAAUUGCUUCGAAUCCACCAGUUGGGCUUGCACGAAAACCGUCUUCGAUGUUGAGCGCCGAAUCCACCACGAGACACAAAAUCCAAAGGAAAAUGCUUGCGACGACGGCUGAUUUAAUGCGAAUCCCCCAGAUCCGUCUCUACAAUCCUCUCUUGUUGUCUUGUCCGUCAGGUUCGAUCAAAUGAAAGGUAAAGUAUGGAUGCCGAAAGGGCUUCCUCGAGCCAAAUACAGUCGAAAUAUCACGUCCGGCGGGAAGGCCAUGGAGUAUCACGGAUACCGAGAUCAAUGCAAGGAUGCUCCCAGGAAUCUGAACCUUGAGAAGCCGAUAAAUCCGCCCACACCAUUGAGGUUCCGAGCGCUCGUCUUCUGA